AUGACGCCCGAUACUUUUGUACAUAGAGGAGACUUGGUAAAUGAAAUGAAUCGGCUGGGAGCUCUGUAUGACAUAAAGGAAGAGUUUAUGGAUGCUCAGAAUGUCUUUGUGCUAUGCUGCAGCAAUAAAAGCGAGAGAUGUGAGGCUAGAAUUAUAGGACUGUACUCCCAGAAAGACAAGCUAUAUCACAUCAGAAAGCUGGACUCAAUUCAUAGCUGCUCUAAAAACACAAAAAGAGAGCUAGCACUCCAACACGAGCUUUCCAAGUAUCGAAACUCUUACAAAAGAACCGGAGAAUUGGUGGAAUGUCUCUAUGGUAAAUUCAAAGCAGGAUAUUUUGAUGUGUUUAAAGCUAAUAUAAAAUGCAAUCAAGGCUAUGAGACACACACAGCUAGUCGGUUUGAAUUUUUCGAAAAAGAGAACAACAUGAACAACAGCAUUAUCAAUACUAAUAUUGUAAACUCCCAGGGAAAUGCAGUAAUAAAUGGCAAUAUUAGUGCGGACGCGUUAUUUAUCAAGGAAAACCAAAUGUUUGAGUACGAUUCAUGCCGGGACAGUGUUAUAAGCCAGAAGACAGACGAUUCCAAGCAUGAGUGCAUAUGCGCACUACGGGAAGAGUUGAUGAUGCUCAAUCCUCACAUUACUUGUGAGUUUUCCAGGAAUAAUUUCUUCUUUAAGCAUACUCAGAUGUCCAGGUUUUUGAGAAAAACAUGUGAAAUAGGAAUACUGCCUCGUAUCAAUGGCACUAUUAUUUUUGGGUUCCUUUUUGAUCCAAACGAUGAUCAUAUUAUUCAAUCAGUGCUGGUUUCAGAAGAAUCAAAACUCAAGGCGCUCGAGAUAUUCUUAGAAUAUGAUCGCCAGCAUUCCGAGAAUACCAACGAUGACGCUAGAAACAGCAGCACCGAGUUUAAGAAUGGCAGUGAUGAAAGUUCCGCCACUGCUAAGCUGUUGUACAUUGUCGAUAUGGACUUUGAUGUAGUUGAAUAUUUAUCUUCAAAGAACCAUCCAUUUUUCAUAAAGUCUCGUUCAGUCUUCCAGUACCUGCAGGAUCCAAAGGAAGAUGAUCAGAACCUUCAAAACUACUUCAAUGAAAUCAACUAUGGAGAAAAGGAAUUUCUCGAGCUUGACAAGGCGACGUAUCUAAAGAAAUUCUGUCCUGUAAACCUGUAUAAUCUUAAUAAUGCCCACUAUCCCGAUUUUGAAUAUAUUACACCCUACAUUCUCUCUCUGUCUUUUGUAGACUGCAUUACCUCACUGAUAUGGCUUAUAUCGGAAGACAUAAAGAACAGAAAGACGAUUGUUGGGGAGGAUUGUGCCUCCAGAAUCUCCGAGAGUAUUGCUGGAAUAUUCGAGGAGUAUAAUGACGUGGAGCCUACCGUUGACUGUGAAGUAAAUCUGAGUGAGGGUACCUGUGAGUGCGGAAAGUACCAAGAAUUCUUAUUUCCUUGUAUCCACGCAUACAAAAAGAUCAAGGAAAUUGGCAAGGAUCCAAUACUGUACACUUCAAAUAUCUACAAUAAGGAGAAUUUGCUGAAAAUCAAAGAUAUUAUUCCAGUUGUAAAUGUAAAAAUACACCCAUUUAAGCCAAAAGCAGUAGCAAAAAAAAGAAAGGGUGAACUAGACAGUUCAGGCGAGAAGCAGUACUAA